AUGAUUAUCGUCGGCUCCGGCGUCAUCGAGCACGCCGAUGCCAAAGCCAUCUACGAGUCCGUCGGUGCCUUUGUCGACAAGAACGCCUCCGUCUUCAAUACCCCCGAGUGGCAAGGCUACAACGUCCUCCAACGCGCCGCGUCACGCGCCGGCGCAUAUGAAGUCGGCUUCACCGUCCCCUCACAAAAGGUCGCCAACACAACGCCCAAGAUCGUCUGGCUGCUCGGCGCCGACGAGAUCUCCGAAGCAGACAUCCCCUCCGACGCCUUUGUGGUCUACCAAGGGCACCACGGCGACCGUGGCGCACAACUCGCUGACGUCGUCCUUCCGGGCUGCGCAUACACCGAGAAGUCCGCAACGUACGUCAACACCGAGGGCCGCGCACAACUCACCCGCAACGCCGUCUCCAUCCCCGGCGCUGGCCGCACAGACUGGAAGAUCAUUCGCGCCGUGUCCGAAUACCUGGGUGCGCCGCUACCGUAUGAUGAUGUAGAGCAGUUGCGGGAUCGGAUGGAGGAGAUUUCGCCUGCGCUGAGAAGAUACGAUACGCUUGAGCCGAGUGCGUUGGGUAGUCUGUCGAAGGUGCAGUUGGUGGAUCAGAAUAAGGGCAGCAAGGCCAGCGGGGAGAAGUUGGGACUGCCGAUUAAGAAUUUCUAUUUUACGGAUGUUAUUAGCAGGAGUUCACCGACGAUGGCACGCUGCUCAGCAGCCAAAGAGACGGGGAACCCGAACACGAACUUCAUGGCGCCGGGUGAGAUAGGAGAGCAGCCGGGGCAGGUCAGCUAUGGGACGGCUUAG